GUACAAGAAAUGUAGAGACACGUGUUUAUCGGCUGGUGUCUGUGUGCGCUAAGGCAGUUGGUGGUAGGCUCUACAGUUUACUGUGAAGCUUGAAGCUUUCAGUGCUUGCAACAAUGGCGACGACUUGUGCUUCUCUCCUCCAUCUUCCUUCCCCAUCUUUCUUUCCUCUUCUCUCUUCCAAAACCAGUCAUUUCUUACACUCUCCUCUGUCUCAACAAUACCCAUAUUCUCAUUCUCUCUACCACAGUACUUUUCCCACUGUUUCUUUCAGCCAAACUCCUCCUCACCAUCUGAUGAGCAAGUAUGGCAAAUGGGUUUUCAAUUCUCUGACUGUAAGGUCCGAAUCCAAACCCAGCAUCAACAGAGAGCCUAUGCUGCCCCCCUACAAUGUUCUUAUUACCGGUUCAACCAAAGGUAUAGGAUAUGCUCUGGCCAAAGAGUUUCUAAAAGCAGGUGACAAUGUUGUAAUCUGCUCAAGAUCAGCAGAUGGUGUGGAAUCAGCUGUCCAACAACUUAGACAAGAAUUUGGGGAGCAGCAUGUGUGGGGUACUCAAUGUGAUGUUAGAGAAGGACAGGAUGUGAAAGAUUUAGUUGCAUUUGCACAAAGAAGCCUCGGAUACAUUGAUAUAUGGGUAUUAAUAAGGUUCAAUUAUAUCUUAUUGCAUCUUGAGAAUAUGCAGAUUAAUAAUGCAGGAUCAAAUGCAUAUAGUUAUAAACCACUGGCAGAGGCUUCAGAUGAAGAUCUCAUUGAAGUUGUUGCUACAAAUUCUCUUGGAUUGAUGAUCUGUUGCCGAGAGGCGAUAAAGAUGAUGUUGAACCAGCCUCGAGGAGGGCAUAUUUUCAACAUUGAUGGAGCUGGUUCAGAUGGAAGACCAACCCCGAGAUUUGCUGCAUAUGGGGCAACAAAACGCAGUGUGGUACAUUUAACCAAAUCAUUACAGAGCUCCCUGAUUUUUCACAGGCAGAAUUGCGGAUGCAAGAUGUCAAAAAUGUUGUUGUGCAUAACCUUUCGCCAGGAAUGGUCACAACUGAUCUUCUCAUGUCUGGUGCAACUACAAAGCAGGCCAAGUUUUUUAUCAAUGUUUUGGCAGAACCAGCUGAAGUGGUUGCGGAGUAUCUCGUUCCAAACAUUCGAUCCAUCCUUGCCAAUGGAUCCACGAAGCCAACUUACAUCCGUUUUCUCACUGGCUUGAAAGCCUACACUCAAAUUUUCUCAAGAAUUGCUUUUGGUGCUAGAAGAAACAGAUAUGUGCCUGAAGAUUGAUUGGGAUGAGAGUAAAUGUAUUCAUUUCUUUUUCUUUCUUUUCAUUGAGAGUUUAAAAUAUAUUUUUUUGUAACAUUAUUUAUCUAAUCUUUGAGUGGCAUUUUUUGAGUUAACAUAUCUAUUAUGCAAAGAGGGCUUGUAGUUAUUUACCUUUUAAGCCAUCAUCAAAUUAUCAGAGGAUUAAGACAUGGAAAUUGGAUGAGUUUAUUUCCAUGAGAUUUGGAGCUUGGAUUCACUUGAUUAUAUGGAAAAAUAAAAUUUCUCUAAUAUUUGCCUUUCA